AAGAAUAUCAAAUAAUUAAUGGACUACAACAGCCUAGAUCAAAUUUGUUAAAGUCCACUUUUGUCUCUGAGAUCAAAUGCUAAACUGCCAAUCCCCUAACAAAACAGUAUGCCAAGCUCAUUCAUGGCUUCUAUGGCACACUAUCUUCCUUCUCUUUUCUUCAUCAACCUCCUCUUCACCUACAUCAAUGCUACUUGUCCUCCUUUUGACUGUGGCAAUGGUGUCACCAUUGGCUACCCAUUCUGGCACCAAAACCAAAUGUUUCAACAUUGUGGAUACCCUGGCUUUAACCUCUCAUGCAAUAAUAAAAACCCAACAACCCUCUAUCUCUCUAACACCUUCUACAGUGUUCAAGCAAUCAACUACUCUGAUCAUACCCUCACCCUCAACUACCUCGAAGUUAAAGACACAAAUUGUCCAAGAAUACCUCAUGAUGUUAACCUAAGCACCUCUUCUUUGUUGAACUAUACCUUAGGCAACACUAUGUUACGUUUCUUUUAUAACUGUACGUUAUACCCACCUUCACAUCCUCCUAUAACGUGUCUUGACUAUGGUGCUAAGCGCUCAUUCGUGUUCAUGGUGGGAGCAGAACCAGAGUUUGAUUGGCAUGCAUAUUGCGAGUCCAUUGUCACUGUCCCAGUUAUUGCAAAGGAGGUAGAUGGAGUUUUGGCUAGAGGGUUGAUUGGCCAAGCCCUACGAGAUGGGUUUAAGCUGACAUGGAAAUCAGAUGGUGCAUGUGAGUCAUGUGAAGCCAGCGGUGGAUUCUGUGGAGUUAGUAGUGGUCAACAUCAAAAUUUCUCUUGCAUUUGCAAUGAUGGACAAGAUUCAAUUAAAUGUCUUGUCAAGGGUGGUGUUAUGAUCAAGUUUGAACCGAAUUUUGUUGCAAUUGGUGCUGUGAUUUUUGGCGGUCUCAUUGUUGCGGCAACACUAUUUUACUUCAUCAAUAAAAAGAAAGUUGCAGUAUACAAACCAGUUUUUGAUCGAAUACCAAGCAGUGGAAAAUAA